GCUCUGCAAAUGCGUCACAUGAGCAAACAGCAGGCCAAGAUCGAGGCGACGCAGAAGCUGGAGCAGGUGAAGAACGAGCAGCUGCUGCAGCAGAGACAGCUGUCAGCCAAUCAGCAACCUGUCGCCGGGGGCAACGUCUCCCCAGCAUCCAGACAGCACCUCCUCCAGACCUCAGGACUGGCUGACGACGUCUUCCUCAGACCACAAGCACCUCCUCCCUCUGGCUUCUCCUCCCUCCCUCACUCCCCUCACGCCUCCUCCCCCCUGCACCAGCCCCCCUCCUCCCCUCAGAUGUUCUCCCCUCCCUCGUCCCGCCCCUCCUCGCCCUGGGACCCCUACAGUAAGGUAGUUGGGACUCCUCGUCCCACCUCCUCCCAGGGCGGUGGCCCCCCUGCUCCCCAGCAGCAACGCUGCAACUCCCUCAGCGCCUCCCCAGCCCACGACUCACUGGGCUCCCCCGCCCCCUCCCCCGACUCCAAAACCUCCGACAUGUCCAGGACCCUCGGACCCCAACCAGGUAUGCAGCAGAGUAGAGGUGUGAUGAGCCCCUCCCCCGGCUCGGCCCCUGAGCACCAGGUGCGCCUCGCUGUGCGAGCAGCAGAGAGCUACCAGAGGACUUACAGUCGGGCAGGUGAGCUGGUCCAGGGAGGGGGGGUGUUUAAAGCCCCCAUGCCCCCUCAGCACCAACUGCAACAGGAGGUGUUCGGCAGCUCAGGAGGAGGAGUAAGGAGGGACCCAUCCAGACCCACAGAUCUUGGUUUUGCCCUCUCCCAGUCACAGGACCCGUCGUUUCCCUCCAGCCCCCUGUCAGGGCUGAGCUCCCCCCACCGCAGCCCCUACGCUCAAACCCCCGGCACCCCCAGACCCGACUACAGCCAGCAGAUCACUGAGCCCUUCACCCAGCAGUCACCUUUGACCUCCAGACCCUCACCGGACCCCUACUCCAACCCUCAGACCCCCGGCACACCGCGCCCGCAUUCUGACCCUGCGUACCUCCCCACCCCUCCCGCUCUGAGACUGGACCAGUACAACCAGCAGCCCCCCAACUGCCGCCCGUCCCCCUCCCACUCCACCUUCGACCCGUACGCCUCCAACCCGGGGACGCCGCGCCCCUCCGUUGCCGAGCGCUUCCCUCGGUCACCGGGGAGCCAGCGGAGCACCGAGCAUUACGCCCAGCCGGCCGGGACGCCGCGGCCCUCGCCGGACCCCUACGCCCAGCAGCCGUCCACGCCGAGGCCCCAGAAAGCCCCCGACGCCUUCAGCCAGAAUCCAGCAGAGAGCUUCCCUCCCCAACCUGCAACCCAAUCCUCCCCUCUGGCUCCAGGGCUCACCGGAGAGACCUACACCCAAAGUCACCACCAGUCUCCAGGAAGACAACAACAGGACUCAUUGCCCAGAAGCAGCCAGACCCCAAAGCACCCUGGGAUGUCGGAGGAGAGCGGCUUCCCUGGUUUGACCAAUCAGACGCCGGUUCAUGACGCCUUCGAGCAGAUUCACAUGACACCAGGCCCAUCACAGACAGACAAGACGGUAGCCAAUGAGAUGGCAGCGCUGAGUGCCGCCUCCCUGGAUGGACCAAUGAGCAUGCUUCCUCAGCUGGGAGACUCAGAGGAGAAGCUGAGACAGCGUCAGAGGCUCCGGCAGCUCAUCCUGAGGCAGCAGCAGCAGAAGAGCGCCCUGCGGCACGAGAAAGGUCUGCAGGAAUCACCUGCUGCUCCACCUGGCCCCGCCACACCACGUCCCUGGUCCCAGGACCCCAACAUCUCCACCCAGCCUCCAGCUGACUUGUUUGGGCGCCCCCCGCCUCCUUACCCCGGCACGGUGAGGCCUGCCGGGCCAGCUGGAGCUCCUGCUGGGGUCCCACGGUUCCCUGGAGGUUUCCCAGGGGAGCAGCAGAGGGGCUUCCUCCCCAGUGAGGCUCCGUUCCCCAGGCAGAACCUCCCCAGGGAGCUGGGGGUCCGAGGACCCGCCCUGAGGUUCAGUGUUCCUCCCGGAGCUGCAGCCGGCCUCCAGGACUCCUUCCUUCACCCUCCCCAGGGAUCAGUGCCUGGUGCUGGGCUCAGUGCGGUGGAGGGAGUUCCUGUCCAGAUGAGGCGGCCAGUGCCCGGUGAGUUCACUGGCAUCCGACUCCUCGCUGCUCCCAACGCUCACCAACACGUGAUGUCAGCCGUCCCCCAGCCCUUCCUGCCCCGCUCGCUCCCCAUCCAGCAGCACAGCAUCAUGGGACAGCCCUACAUCGAACUGCGACACCGCGUCCCGGAGAAUCGUCUGAGGCUGCCCUUCUCGCUGGCAGCUGCCCAGGACGCCGAGGCCCUGGUGCACCCCAGAGACCCCCAGCUGUCACCGGCCAGGCCAGGUCCGGGGGCCAGAAUGGGCGAGGGGCCUCUGGGGCAGCAGAUGCUGCUGACGGGCGGCGUGGAGCACCUGAACCAGCAGGAUCAGCGGCACCUGAGCCAAGUAGCAGAGUCAACACUCUCAGGGGCUGAUGGGAUGGAGGAGCAUCUGGAGGGGGAGGAUUCAGCCGUGAAGGAUCUGGAGGACGUGGAGGUGAAAGAUCUGGUCGACCUGAACCUGAACCUCGACCCGGACGAUGGUAAAGAGGAUCUGGAUCUGGGUGCUAACGACCUCCACCUUGAUGACUUCCUGCUGUCGGGGAAGUUCGACCUGAUCGCCUACGCCGACCCUGAGCUCAACCUGGAGGACAAGAAGGACAUGUUCAACGAAGAGCUGGACCUGGGGGAGCCGAUGGAGGAGAAGGACGGGGACGAGGGGCGGGACAGGGUGGGAGACCCCCCCAGAAAGAUGGAUAGUCACGCCUACUUGAUUGGUCAGGUUAAACAGGAAGUGGAGGACGCCGUCAAGACAGAAGCCCAGCACACUUCACCACAGCCUGGGUUCGUCACCUCCAGAAGAGUCCCAGGACCUCCAGGAGUCGCCGUGGCAGGAUCCAGCCUGCCGGGCUUCAAGGAGAAGCUGGAGGACUCUGGUUCAGCUGCAGGGCUCGUGCCUGCUCUCCAGGCCCAGGAUCAGGCUCUGUCCUCGGGCACGGCUCCGGCCGUUCACCCCCCUCUGACUGGAGGGCAACCAUCUGUCUUCCAGCAGCAGCAGAGACCAGCUGGGCCCCCCUCCACCCUCCUCACCCCUCAGGGUCCUCCUACCUCACCACACCAGCUGUCCCUCCUCCUCAGCUCCCAGAACAAGGCGAUGCUCCUGGAGGAGCAGCCGCUCCUCCUGCAGGACCUCCUGGACCAGGAGCGCCAGGAGCAGCAGCAGCAGAAACAGAUGCAGGCGCUGAUCAAACAGAAGCCUGCCUCAGACCCGGUGUUCCCCAACAUGGCAGACUUUGACUCCAUCUCAGACCCCAUCAUGAAGGCAAAGAUGGUGGCUCUAAAGGGCAUCAACAAGGUGAUGAGUCAAGGCAACCUGAGCCUGAACCCCAUCGUCAUCAACAGGUUCCAGCAGGCUCCGGGGGCCCCGGCUCCGGCCCCAGAGGGACCUCCACAGCCCCCACAGCUGCUGGGGCAGGUUCAGGUACAGCAGGACGGGAAGUUGAACCCUCAGCUGGUGCGACCGAACCCUCCCAGCUUCGGGCCCGGCUUCGUCAACGAGUCUCAGCGGCGGCAGUAUGAGGAGUGGUUGGGGGAGACGCAGCAGCUCCUGCAGAUGCAGCAGCGCCUCCUGGAGGAUCAGAUCGCAGCGCAUCGGAAGACCAAGAAGGCUCUGUCCGCCAAACAGAGGACGGCGAAGAAGGCCGGCCGAGCGCUCGGAGAGGACGACGCUGCUCAGCUGCGUUACAUCACAGAGCAGCAGGGAACCGUACAGAAACAGCUGGAGCAGAUCAGGAAGCAGCAGAAGGAUCACUCGGAGCUGAUCGAGGACUAUCGGACUAAACAGCAGCAGAGAGUCCUGCAGCAGCCAGCGGCCCCCCCCAUGAUGCCUGCUGGAGCCCCCCCCAUGAUGCCCGCAGGAGCCCCCCCCAUGAUGCCCGCAGGAGCCCCCCCCAUGAUGCCUGCAGGAGCCCCCCCCAUGAUGCCUGCUGGAGCCCCCCUGCUCUCCCAGCCUCCUGUGUCCAUGCAGUCCCACCCGGGCGGCCCCGCCUCCACCCGCCUCCCAAACAUCCCCCCUGGGUGGACCCCGGGAGCCGGGGCUCCGGGGGUGAUAGGUCAGAGGGGGCCUUUGUUGCCCCCUCAGAUACCACCUCAGAUGCCCCCUCAGAUGCCCUCUCAGAUGCCCCCUCAGAUGCCCCCUCAGAUGCCCUCUCAGAUGCCCCCUCAGAUGCCCCCUCAGAUGCCCCCUCAGAUACCACCUCAGAUGCCCCCUCAGAUGCCCUCUCAGAUGCCCCCUCAGAUGCCCCCCUCAGAUGCCCUCUCAGAUGCCACCUCAGAUGCCCUCUCAGAUGCCACCUCAGAUGCCCUCUCAGAUGCCCCCUCAGAUACCCCCUCAGAUACCCCCUCAGUUGCCCCCCGCCCUGCCUAACACCCCGACCCCCCCGGCCAUGGGGCCCAGCCUCAACGCUGCACCAGCAGGCUUCACUGCAGGGGCCCGGGGCCCCACGGGGGGGGGCCAACGCAGCAGCAGGGGACGGAGGAGCCCCACCUCAGGUGAAGUUUGACGACAACAACCCGUUCAGUGAAGGAUUUCAGGAGCGAGAGAGGAGAGAGAGACUGAGGGAGCAGCAGGAGAGACAGAGAGUCCAGCUGAUGCAGGAGGUGGAGCGUCAUCGUGUCCUGCAGCAGAGGCUGGAGCUUGAACAGCAUGGCCUCCUGGGGGCCCCCCCUGUUGCUGCGGUGGGGCCCCCCCUCUCUGCAGACACGCUGUCCCAGAUGCCCUUCUUCAGCGCCGAGCUGC